AUGGCGUCCAUGGAUUUAGAUGCGCCGAUUUCUAUCGCGCCCUCCGCGCGUGCCCUCCAGACAGCCGCAACUAUUUUGUGCUGUAACUGUGGUGCACCCAUCGACGGAGCAGCGUCGGCGAAUGCAUUAUGUUACGACUGUGUCAAACUUACUAUGGAUGUCUCCGGAGGCAUCCAAAGAGAGGCCACCCUUCAUUUCUGCAGAGAUUGCGAGAGAUGGUUACUUCCUCCCACCAGUUAUAUUGUGGCCGCGCCUGAAUCGAGAGAAUUAUUGGCUCUGUGCCUGAAAAAGCUUCGAGGUCUUCACAAGGUCCGAAUUAUAGAUGCAAGCUUUAUCUGGACGGAACCCCAUUCUCGCAGAAUCAAGAUCAAGCUCACUAUUCAAGACUCCGUCUCCGAGGGCGUUGUCCUACAACAGUCAUUCGAGAUCGAAUAUGUGGUGGCAUACCAACAGUGCCCCGACUGUGCCAAGUCAUACACAGCAAAUACUUGGAGAGCAUGUGUACAGGUUAGACAGAAGGUGCCGCACAAGCGUACUUUCCUCUACCUAGAGCAACUUAUCCUCAAGCACGGAGCCCACAAAGAUUCCAUCAAUAUCAAAGAAGUCAAGGAUGGUCUGGAUUUCUACUUUGCGGCAAGAAACCAGGCAACUGCCUUUGUCGACUUCCUCACAUCCGUCGCCCCAGUUAAGAGCAAGAAGUCUCAAGAACUCAUUUCCAUGGAUAUCCAUACGUCAACAAAGUCAUAUAAGUUCUCGUAUUCCAUCGAAUUAGUUCCCAUCUGCAAAGAUGACUUGGUAGCACUGCCUAUCAAGCUGGCACAUCAAAUCGGAAACAUGAACCCGAUAGCACUAUGUUACCGUGUUGGAACCGCCAUCAACCUCCUCGACCCAAGCACUCUCCAGACUCAUGAUGUCAGCACCCCUAUCUACUGGCGUGCACCAUUUUCGUGCCUUGCGGACGUAAAGGAGCUUGUCGAGUUUGUUGUCCUGGAUAUCGAUUUGGUAGGCGUGGAGAAGGGUCGCUGGGCGCUUGCAGAGGCAACCAUUGCCAGAGCGUCGGACCUGGGCCACAAUGACAAGACGUUUUUCGCAAGAACACAUCUUGGUAACGUCCUUCACCCCGGUGAUUCAGUUAUGGGAUAUGUCCUCAGCGAGUCGAAUUUCAACAACCCUCAAUACGAUGCGUUGGAGAACUCGUCUACAUAUUCAUCAUACAUCCCAGAUGUCAUGUUAGUGAAGAAGUUCUACGCCAGAAAGAAGAAGCCAAAGAACCGUAACUGGCGUCUCAAGCGCAUGAAUAAGGAGGAGGGUGACUUGUUGCCCAAGAAGGGUGACCAGGAGAAGAUGGAUAAGGAUUACGAGAUGUUCUUGCGUGAUGUUGAGGAAGAUACUGAGCUCAGACAAACUCUUGCUCUUUACAAGGCCCAGCAAGCACAGAAGGAGGUAGAUGCUAUGAGCAUGACGGAGACAAGUGAUGGAGAGGAGGAUAACACGCCGCAAAUAGACAUGGAUGAGCUUCUCGACGAGUUCGAUGACCUGAAGGUUAACGAUGCCGGUGGGAGUUAG